ACCUGUCUGACUUGUUUCCUAUAAAUAAUAUUUCAUUUCAUGGAAACUUGAAGGUUAAAACGAAAGUAACAGAUACCGGGAAACAAAUAAGAAAUUAACGUUAUUUUGGAUUCUUAUCAAUACAUGGAAAACAGCUGCCAUUGAACAUAAUUCUCGUGGAGAAAAAGGAAGGUUUUAAUUCAGAUAGAUAUUGAGGAUGAGCAGGUCAAAUCAGUCUCACGGAGUGUCUGGUGCGUUGAACCACAACAGGUCAGAUGGUUACCAGUAUCCAACACAAAGAGCGUCCGAUGGUCCAUACCAACCUUACGGACGGCCUCCUCCCAAUUACAGCUCUCGUGGACAACGCAGUCGAGUAGAGCCUACAAGGAGCAGUUCGUACUCAAUGGGUACCGGACGAGGAUCAAGCCAGUUGCAAGAGCAACUUCAGCGUCAGAGAUCGAAAGAAGCAAGCAAACAGAUGUUAAGCACAGUUUAUGGAAAUACGAUUUCAAUGCUUGAAGAAUUUGAAAGUAGGGAAUCACAAGGCCGCUACCGGCUUCCAACGUCCCAUAUUCCUACUCCUGACCAGACGUGGAAAACCAAAGAGGAUAUUCAGAGUGUGUUGGAAACGCAGCUCAUGUGUUUAGAAACUCAAAGAAAAUCCUGUCCAAAUGAUGCUCGCAACGAAUUGCUGGAUGAUCUGAAGAGGAAAACGAUCCACUGGGCAUCUGUUCGUGAAGAAAAUAAUUGUCCUAGGCAACAAACGGAUAAGUAUGCCGCUCAGAUCUACGAGAUUCUGGACAAAGGGAAAACUGACCAUGCCUUUCAACAUCGCCCAAGACCAGUCAUUACCGAGAGGACGAUUCGCGAAACAAUGCCGCACAUCAUGAAAGGAAAACAUGAUCAAAUGGAGCUUGACAGACAAUUUCGAGACGAUAGACACAGAAUGUCUACAACUCCUGCUGUGAGACGUGCUACAGGACGCAAUGUUGUUAAAUUAGGGAGUUCCCGUAUUGGAAGAGAAAAUCCUCACCUGCAGUCCUCACUCGAUGCUCAAGAUGACGAAUAUUUUGACAACAAAUAAUUAGAAAUACCUGUCAUGGAAAAAAAUAAAUAUUCUUUACGUUAUACAUUAUAAUUUCUUUUAUGUAAAAUUUAGUUUUAAGAGUGACAGUGUAAAUAAGACAAACUAUUUGUGUUUUGAUGAACCAUACUACACGUUGAAGUUCAUAAGGAGUUAUACUUUAAAUAAAAAACUUGAUGCAUUGAUGUUCGUCAAGGUCUGUGCUAAAUCCGACCUUUAUGGAUGUAUUUAUAGUUAAUUAGUGAUUUUAUUUAUGCUUGACAUUUGCCGUCUGUUUUUACCUUUGGGCACCAUAUCAAUAAAAUAUACAUUUUU